AUGAAAUUUACAAAUAGCAUUGCAAUUUCAGCUCUGGCUCUAUUGCAACAAUUUCAAAGUGCAUCUGCUUUAAUUUGGAAUAGAGAACAAGUAGAAGCUAAAGAAGCAAAAAACAUCCAACCAAUAAAACCAAAAUUUUUAGAAUUAAAGUUCGAUAGACAUUAUGGUGAAUCAUAUGAAGAUUCCACUCUUGGUAAAGAUGGGGCAGUCCACUUAGAAAAGAGGACUUUUGAUAGUGCAUACAAUGGAAGUUAUGAGGACGUUAUUCUAACGAACCAGCUCACCUUCUAUUCUGUCGAGUUGGAUAUUGGUACACCUGCUCAGAAAGUCACCGUCGUGGUGGAUACGGGCUCGUCAGAUUUAUGGAUAACCGAGACUAGUAAUCCAUUUUGCUCUACCGGUGACGAUGAUACAGAAGAUUCUGUAUGGUCUCCAUUUUUAUUAAAAGAUAAGAUUGAUCCCAGAGUACUAAAGCACAAGGGUAAGAGGACUACUAGUAUUGAUGUAACUGCUACAGCUACGACUGGUAGUAUUAACAUAUCUAUAGACCUUGGCUCAAAUUUUACUCUCCCACCUGAGUUUUUAAUAAACUGUACCGAAUUUGGUACCUUCAAUACCAAAAAAUCAUCUACUUUCAAAAACAACCAUACAGAUUUCUUUAUUAGUUACGGUGAUAACACUUUUGCUAGUGGAUAUUGGGGUCGUGAUGUUUUAAGUUUCCAAGAUAUUAAUGUCACUGGAUUAUCCUUUGGUGUAGCUAAUGUGACUAAUUCUACAGUAGGUGUACUAGGUAUUGGGUUACCAGAGCUAGAAUCAACUUAUUUUGGUACAGUCAAUUCUGUAAAUGAAAGUUCUUAUAUUUAUAAUAAUUUCCCUCAAGUUUUGAAAAAUUCAGGUAUCAUUAACAAGACUGCUUAUUCAUUAUUUUUAAAUAAAUCAGAUUCUACACAAGGAUCUUUAUUGCUUGGUGCCGUUGAUACAAGUAAGUUCGCCGAUAAAUUAUAUACAGUUCCAAUGUUGAAUAUUAAUCCAUCGAAGGGUUACACGGAUCCAUCUGCUUUUCUUGUCUUAAUGCAAAAGAUGACAAGAUAUAAAUAUGGUCAAGGUCAUCUUGUUCCAUCCUCCAGAAUUCCUGUGUUAUUAGAUUCCGGUACUACUAUGGUCUAUCUACCAAGAUCUAUUGUUGAACAAAUAAUGCGUCAUGAAGAGGCACAGUAUGUGGAAGAGUUGGAUUUGUAUCAAAUUAAAUGUCCUUCACCAAAUAAAAAGAAUCAAACUAGUUUCAGUUUUGACUUUGGAGGGUUCCAAAUUAAGGCAAGCUUAUCUGAUUUUAUUGUCCCAACUGAUAACGGACAAUGUAUCUUUGGUAUGAUUCCUCAGGAUAUGAACGUGGGUAUUUUGGGUGAUUCUUUCUUAACACAUGCAUAUGUAGUCUACGAUCUUGAAGAUUAUGAAAUUUCUAUGGCUCAAGCUGUAUACGAUGGUGGUGAACCAAAUUACAUACCAAUCGUUAGUACUGUUCCAUCUGCAGUUAGAGCCAAGUACUAUUCUGCCACUGACCUGCCAUCAGGGUUUGCUAUUGACAGCUACAACAACACUUCUAAGAGACCUAAGGACAAAACAACAUUUUCUGUACAAGCUGAUCUAAGAAACACAAUUUCUGGAGACAUCACGACCACUAUUGAAGAAGAUAGUGCUAAGACCGAAACAAAGCACUCGAAUGCUGGUGUUGCAACAGUCCCUACUUAUUCUUCUAUCAUAUUCACAUUCUUACUUUCCAUUUUGAUUUAA